AUAGCUUCACACAGCAUUCAUACAGUAACAUGGACAGCUUUGAGCUCUCCCAGGUACUACAUGUCUUUGUUUAUGCUGCCACCUAUUGAGGUCUACUGGAACAUGACCUUGGCUGUCGUUCAACUAUCAACACCUCACAAGUAGGUUUAGUCAGUCAAUAUACUGUAGGUUUAUACUGUGCUACACUGUACUGUAGGUGCCACAAAAUAAUAGAUAUAAAAUAAAGUGAUAGGUUGUUUGGAGAUCGAUCAGGAGAGGACAGUGGGAAAGGUGGACUACUCUCUUAAAGAGUAGUUAAAGGUAUUUUUUUUAAAUGCAAAGAGCCUGUGUUACCACUACGGACCUUCUGAAGAGGUAUGGCACAAAAUAUACUAUUUUUCUUUACCAUCUACUCUUACAAAGAGAGUGAGUCCAGUUGAAACACUCAUUGACAAUCUCCUUCUCCUCUCUCCCUUCAGGAGGAGGUCAGUGAGUCACGCCCAGCUGAUGCACGACAAGGGUCGGUCUCUGGAGGAGUUCAAGAGGCGCCUCUGGCUCCAGGAGCUGCUAGAUAAAGUCCACACGGCCGACAGCGUGCGAGCCCCGCCUCCCCAGAGUAGGAACAACGCCAACGGGGGCCACAUCACCUUCAGCGGGAACGCCCUACGCCCCCCCAAACCCCCCGGAGGGACCAAGAACCUCCCUCUGAGUUUCCGGCUGGGAGGGGAGGGGGGCAACCUCCCCCAGGAGACCAACAAGUCUGUGGCCUACAAGGACCAGCCGCUGAAGGUGGCCACCAAGAGGAAAAAGAAGGUGAAGGGAGAGAGAGGGAGACGGAGGGAGAGUGAGAAGAGGAGGCGGAGGGCGACACAACCAUUAUCACGACACGGGAGACACAUAAGGAGUCACAGAGGACUAUAG